AAAGGCCGCUCACUGCUCACAUCGACACACAAGUGUUGAACAACUGUUUGAGAAGAGAUACUGUGUGUGUCUUUUUUUUUUAUAACCAACUGACUAGCUUUUGUUUUUUUUAUAUUAUACUAACUUCUGUGUUACCACCUAUACACAUAUAUAUAACGCAUAUAUUUACACACACACACACAUAUAUAUACAUAUAUAUAUUGAAACAUACACUUUGGUACUUAUAUUUAUAAAUAGUUACUUCCUCCGCUUUUCUCUCUCUCUGAUUGGAAACCACUUUGAAAGUAAAUAUAUAUACACAGGGACGGGUAUAUAUUUAUGUGCAUAGAGACAGAGAGAAAGAGAGAGAGAGAGAGAGGGAGACAGGCAUUUCUGUUAUUGUCUAUAAAUACACUCGUGUGUGCGUGCAUUUAUAUAAUAUAUAUGUGAUGUAUGUAUAUGUUAAUAAAAGUACAUUAUAGCGCAUAUAUAUAUAUAUAUAAUAUAUUAGUCACUCAGGUUGUUAACGUCGAUGUAUGACGAUAUUUGGCUGGUAAACGAACGAACGAACUAGUAAACCGCAAGAGAACUCGUAUACACACACACACACACACACACACAGCCAACCAUGGCCAGCCAGAAGGACGAUGUGGAACAUUUGAUUCGGUCAAGCGUACAGAGCAUCGACAGUGUUGGUAUUAACAGUAGUGGUCGAGACGAUGUAUCCACCGUGUCCUUGUCCAUUGCCUCACUGGCCGAUUCCACUACCAACCUCUACGAGACCAGACCGCACAAAGUCGCCCACAAGAAGUCUAAGCCGGUUCACAGUGCCCUGGGUGCGAGUAAAGGUUUCCCAGUCGACAACCAUGGCGAGAAAUCAGUCCAGGCGGAUGACAUCGACGAAAACGAUGGACACAACGGCAAGAAAAAUGACAAGACCUUCUUCGUUGGUGUCGGAAUCCUUUUCUCGAUUUUCGCCAUCACUUCUGCUUUUCUUCUGAUAAUCCUUCCAUGUUAUCGCAUGUUUAACUUGAAUGCUUUGUUACACAGCAAUCACACUGUCGUCCGUCAAUAUCAAGAACAUUUGGUCAGUAGCAGUGUUAGCCGAUCGGGCCCACCAUCUGUCGUGGUAAAAUACCACGAAUUGAUUCAGGGCCCAGGUCCGAGCCAUCAGUCGCUGUUAUUUCAUCAAAAGCACCACCACCAACAUUCUGAGAAAGCUGCUCCUCUUUGUGAUGUCCACCCUAAUGAACAGCGCUUCGACUGUUACCCGGACUAUUACGAAGUCAACCAACGCAAUUGUCUGUCCCGGGGUUGUUGUUGGCGACCCACCAUGGACAGGUUCCUCUCUCAAUCCGAUUCCAACAACGUGAGAGGUGUUCCGUUCUGCUAUCUCCCCGUCAAUUAUUCUGGUUACGGAAUCAUUCAGGUGAACCAAAGCCGGACCGGGGCCACCAUGGAGUUAAUAAAAACAUCGCAAUCCUCAAUAUGGCCCGAAGAAGUUCGUAUGCUCAAAGUUGUUAUUACUUAUGAGACUCCACAACGACUUCAUUUCAAGAUUUUUGACCCAGAAAACACCCGGUAUGAGGUACCUAUUGACGUUCACAAACCGGCCAAACUGACGGACAUAGCGAACUGUGAUUAUGUAGUUUCUUAUGUAAAAAGGCCAUUUGGACUUGUGGUCAGGCGGAAAUCCACAAAGAAAGUGAUGUAA